GGUUCAAUGUAUCUUUGCCUGCCUACAUCAAUCUGCAAGGGAGUGUCAGAAAGGCCCCGCAUUCGCCGAGCCGUUUGUAAGCAUUUAAAAUCAUUCUUCUGCCAACUCUUUAUGCUACUCCCAUCAGAAGUAAGAGGGUGCCUUGCAUCCAAGAGCAAAAUCAUAAAAUGAGUAUCAGGUGACACGACCCGUCAGCGAAUCAAAUUCAGUGAUGACAGAGUGUGCAAGAGCCACCUUCUCAACUGCUGCCCUCAUGAUGUGCUCUCUGGAACUAGAAUGGACCUUGGAGAAUGUCUGAAGGUGCAUGACCUGGCAUUAAGGGCAGACUACGAAAUAGCAUCCAAAGAUCAAGAUUUCUUCUUUGAGCUUGAUGCAAUGGACCACCUGCAGUCAUUUAUUGCAGACUGUGACAGGAGAACGGAAGUGGCUAAGAAAAGGCUAGCAGAAACCCAAGAAGAGAUCAGUGCUGAAGUUGCAGCUAAAGCUGAAAGGGUUCAUGAAUUGAAUGAAGAAAUUGGGAAACUGCUGGCCAAAGUAGAACAGCUUGGAGCUGAUGGGAAUGUGGAAGAAUCUCAAAAAGUAAUGGACGAAGUGGAGAAGGCUCGGGUAAAGAAGAGAGAAGCAGAAGAAGUAUACAGGAAUUCUAUGCCUGCCUCCAGCUUUCAGCAGCAGAAGCUACGGGUUUGUGAAGUGUGCUCAGCUUAUCUUGGUCUUCAUGACAAUGACCGACGACUUGCUGACCACUUUGGAGGAAAACUACAUUUAGGAUUUAUUGAAAUAAGAGAGAAGCUUGAGGAGCUCAGGAGGAUUGUGGCUGAUAAACAGGAGAAACGAAAUCAAGAGCGUCUGAAACGCAGAGAGGAGAGGGAAAGAGAAGAAAGGGAGAAACUAAGGAGGUCCAGAUCCCACAGCAAGCAUACCAAAAGAUCUAGGUCCCGAGAUCGCCGUAGGCAUCGGUCUCGCUCAGCCUCCCGGGAACGAAAGAGAAGAACUCGCUCCAAAUCCCGUGAGAAACGCCAUCGUCACAGGUCUCGUUCUAACAGCCGCAGCCGGAGUCGCAGCCAUCAUAGAAGCAGGCAUAGUUCCAGGGAGAGAAGCCGAGAACGCAGCUCCAAAAAGAGGUAA